CUUCAAUUUGAAUCGUCCCUCGUGUUCCACCUUCAUAAAAUUUCGACCAUAUUCCGAACGGAGCCGAUAGAUUCAAAUUGAUUCGUCCCAAGUUCCAAACAGAGCCGGGAUUGAUUCCUUCUCUCUCUCUCUGCGCGAUCACAAAAAUCCAGCCAACUCUCGCCGGAAAGACAUAAACCUCUAUCGUCAAAAGGUUGGAGCGAUCCUCAUAGCAUAUACAGCCAUGAACCCUGAAUAUGACUACCUGUUUAAGCUUUUGCUCAUUGGAGAUUCAGGGGUUGGCAAAUCAUGUCUCCUUUUGAGAUUUGCUGAUGAUUCAUAUCUUGAAAGUUACAUUAGCACAAUUGGAGUCGACUUCAAAAUCCGCACGGUUGAGCAGGAUGAGAAAACCAUUAAACUACAGAUUUGGGACACUGCUGGACAAGAGCGUUUUAGGACAAUCACCAGCAGUUACUAUCGUGGUGCACAUGGCAUUAUUGUGGUUUAUGAUGUGACUGAUCAAGAGAGUUUCAAUAAUGUCAAGCAAUGGUUAAACGAAAUUGACCGUUAUGCAAGUGAGAGCGUAAACAAGCUUCUAGUUGGAAACAAGUGUGACCUCACAUCACAGAAGGUGGUGUCUUCUGAGACCGCAAAGGCAUUUGCAGAUGAGCUUGGAAUUCCUUUCAUGGAAACAAGUGCAAAAGAUGCCACUAAUGUAGAACAGGCUUUCAUGGCCAUGGCGGCUGAGAUCAAGAACCGGAUGGCAAGCCAACCAGCAAUGAACAAUGCCAGGCCCCCAACAGUUCAGAUCCGAGGACAGCCUGUCAACCAAAAAUCUGGUUGCUGCUCUACUUGAAUGGCAACAAUACUCGGUGGCUACUAUCUUACAUGUCGUCACCAUCGCGUGUUAGGACAGUUACUUGUAUUGAUUCGAAGAAGAUGGUCUCGUCGUGAUUUGCUUUUGUUGGUCUGUUGCUUCUACACUCUUUAUGACCUCCAUUCUUUCUAUACAUUGGAUUUUAAAGAACAUCACUAAAUAUGUACAAAGUAGAAAUAUUGGUGGAAAGCACAAUUUGUCUUUGUUCUUU